CCAUUUUAUAAGUCGAUGAUGUAUGUAUAUCAGUGGUGUAUACGUGGGAUAAGGAUGCGUCUGGUUUGACGAUCGCAAUGCAAUCUGAAAUCAUGGAAGAUUUAAAGCUAAAAUUUCUCGGCCUCAUUAAUAAACAGAAUGCAACUAAAGUGCCACUUAUGGGCUUAAAUCCUGAUUUACUUAAUCCACCUGAUUCAGAAAAAUGUGAAGAUCUCCGUUCGGAGGCUGAUCAGUCAACAGAGAGCGAGCCUGUACCAGAUCAAGAUAUAUUAGAGUCCAUCGAGGAUGUUUAUUUCAAUACCGAUGGUAGUUUUGAUCCAUCGCGCUAUGAAUUAGAGAAAUUGCCAAUGAUAUUACAUUCCAAGGAGAUUGAAAAAUGUUGCAAGAAACUCGAACAACAACAUCAAGUUGUUUCCAAGAAAGUAUUGCAACUUAUUUUAGAUAAACAGAGUGCUUGUACUACAGAAUUUGAUAAAAUUCAGCAGCUGCAGGAACAAUUACGAGAUGUUCUAGAAAUAUGUAAAAAAGGAAGAGAAGAUCUGGAAAUAGCCAAAACGCAAUUUACAACAGCAAGUUUAGGCAUGUUAGCUAAUUAUCAGAGACGACAAGUAGUCCAAGAACUGCUAGCUAAUUUGAAUACUAUAAAGACACUGCAAUGCACGGGAGAUCGUCUGCAGGAACUUCUAAAUGAAGGCAAUUUUCCUGGAGCUAUAUCGCUUCUUUUGGAAUGUCAAAGUGCUGCUCAAACUUAUAAACAUUUUCACUGUAUCAAUGCAUUGAGUGGAAAGCUGCAAGAUAUCUUGGAGCAAGCAGAAAGGGCCUUAGAUAGUACACUUUUUGAAAUGUGUACUAAAUUCGAUGUCGCUGUAUAUUCCUCCAUUCAAGAAGCAUAUACUUUAUUAGGAAAGACACAAUCUGCCAUAGAUCAAUUGCAUAUGCAUUUUAGUGUUGUUAUUCAUAACACCGCGUUCGCUGUUAUUCAUUCUUACGCGGGAGGCGACGUGAAGAGACAAUAUAAACAAUUGUGUCAGGAUGUGCCUCGCGACAAAUAUAUAAUUUGCCUCACAGAGUUGUGCAAAUCACUAUGGACAAUAUUGAGUUCAUAUUAUCUCGUUGUAAAUUGGCAUAAUACACAAGAAGAUAAACCAGAACAUAAAUCUGAUAUUAAGAAUUUAGAGGAAACUUUCAGCAAACAAUACAUUAAACAGAAAUUAGAGAAUAGUAUGAUUCGAGUAUGGCAUGACGUAGAAAUGAAGAUAUCAAUAUAUCUGACAAAUGCUGAUUUAACAGACAUCAAAUUUGAACAAUUUGUUCAGGUGUUGAGCAUAGUAAAUAGAUUGAUGGAGAUUGGGGAAGAACUUUGCUUCAAAUCAGAAAAUUUGCAGGAAUCUAUAAGAAAGCAGUCCUUAUCUUACUUUUCUCAUUACCAUACGUCUCGUUUGGAUGAAUUGAGAAUAUUUUUGGAAAAUGAUGGUUGGGAAUUGUGUCCUGUGAAAUCUAAUUUCAUGGCUACUCAAUUAUUGGAGUUUCGUAGUUUGAAACCUUCGCUCAAUAACUGCAAAACAUGGAACAGUUUAGAUAGCUCAAACUUAAGUGACAGCGAUAAUUCAUCAGGAGUCGACUUACAGAAAUAUUUGGAGGGCGGUUCCUCACCAUUCACAUUAGGAUUGGAUGAUACUGUGGAUGAAGAUAUUUUAAUAAACGAUGAUGUCAAUUUACCUGCGUAUUUUUCGGACGAGUCCGAUGAUGAUAUUCCAGAUGAGCUGAAGCACGAAUACGUCGAUGAGCCAGAUCAUGCAAGAGUUAAUAAAAAGAAGUGCAAACUCAAACAGUCUGGACCAAUGGUCACAAACACGACAUUAAGUAUAUUGAGGGUAUGCGGCAAAUAUCUACAGAUGUCGAGACUUUUACGAUCGAUCGCGGUCACUGUCAUACAGAGUAUGAUACAGUUUUUCGAGUUAUGCUUCUAUACAGUACAUUUGUUCUUUACAUCGGAUCUUCAAAUCAAUGGUGAUUCUUUGUACAGUCCAAAAUUAAAAUUAUCUUUGACACGAAUCAGAGAAAGUCUGAUUAUUUCUGAGAACGAUACGAUAGAAGAAAAUAGUAAUGGGAAUUGUGAUAAAGUAAGACAACCACAGCUUUCGUCCAUCGUGAAUUUGUCGCAGCCUGAGAAACUUUACGGAUUAACGGAACGUAUAGUAGCUGUCGAAUCUCUGAUAUUUUUAGGACAACAAUAUGAAGGCUUAAGACCUUAUUUAGAGCAUCUCAUUGUCAACAGUCCUCAAAGAGGAUUUUUACAUCAAUUUUACAUGCAAACGAUAGCAUCUACCGCGGAUCUGAGAAAGCCAGUUUAUAUGGCAGUAGCAUCGCAGGCGUUUGAUGUUGCAAACAUCUUGAAUUUAAUGAACAAAGUCAAUUGGGAAGUGACAGACGUCAUGUCUCAACAUAGCAAUUAUAUUGAUGCACUAAUUCAAGAAAUAUGUACUUUGAAUGAAAGGCUUAAUGUUAUUGGAACAUACAUUCCUUUAAAUGUAGAAGUAUGUAAUGCGGUAUGGGAAAAUGUGGCUCACUUAAUUACACAUACUUUAGUAGAAGGGUUUUCCCAUGCUAAAAAGUGUUCAAAUGGCGGUAGAGCUCUAAUGCAACUCGAUUUCACGCAACUAAAGUCAAAAUUUGAAAAAAUGACAUCGUUGCGACCUAUGCCACACAGAGAGUACGUUGAAUUGUACAUUAAAGCGUAUUAUCUUCCUGAAAAUAAUUUCGAAGAAUGGAUUAAAGAACAUAAGGAAUAUUCAGUUAAACAUUUAGUCGGACUGAUAUCGGCGACGUGUCAAAACAAUAAGAAAACUCGACAGCGGUUGAUAGCGCUUGCGGAAGAGCAACGAUCUAGUAGAUAGCAUCCAAUUAUUUAUUACAGAUCUGUCCAAGGUUAUGUUGAAAUAGGUAGUAUUUAAGGUAUUUAUCAAAUAGGAAAAACGAGAAAUAGAGAAACGAUAAUAGCCUGUUGUUGAUUGUACAGUAGAACGAAUUUUUUAAGUACGUUAUGAUCGGAUACUCUCGUGUUUAAAUGCAUCGAAUCAAGAUCUUCGAGUCGCGGUCAAACGAGUCAUAUUUGAACCAAGCAAGUCAUAUUUUAAUAUAUUUAUGAACUAUUAUGUAUAUAUGUGAAUCUCUCAUAUAGUUCUAAGAAAAGCUUUUAUAAUUACUAACUAUUAGCUUUACUGUAAAUAU